UCACCAUUAUGACGACUGGUGAAAAUGACUAUAUAUUGUCGGUCCCGUCGCAGUUGACGAUCCACAUCUACAGAAGCUCAGGUCCCAUCGACAACGCUUAAAGAUGAAGUUCCUACCCAUUUUCGUCCUGGUUGCUGUCUGCUUCGCCGUUGUUGUGGAGGCCAAGCCUGAACAAACAAUACAACAAUCAUUACUGUCUAACGGUUCCGAGAGAAAAGGGACAGAAAAAACCGAGAAACCUAAAACAGAAAAACCAAAGACAGAAAAAACCGAGAAGCCAAAAACCGAGAAACCAAAGACAGAAAAGACCGAAAAACCAAAGACAGAAAAACCAAAGACAGAAAAAACCGAAAAACCUAAGACAGAAAAACCAAAAACAGAAAAGACCGAAAAACCUAAGACAGAGAAACCAAAGACAGAAAAGACCGAAAAACCCAAGACAGAGAAACCCAAGACAGAAAAAACCGAAAAACCUAAGACAGAAAAACCAAAGACAGAAAAGACCGAAAAACCCAAGACAGAGAAACCAAAGACAGAAAAAACCGAGAAACCGAAGACAACGAAGAAAACUACACCCAAGACGACAAUCACCACCACAAAAACCACCACUACAACUGCGAUGCCAAUAACUAUCACUGAUUCCCCAAUCACUGAUGCCCCAAUCACUGACGCACCAGUCACUGAUGCUCCAAUCACUGGCGCACCAUAGUCACUGAUGCCCCAGCCACCAUUAUCUGAUUCACUGAGUAGCCAAUUUAAUCCUUAAGUUUUCUAUUAUUUGAAACAGUAUCCCUAUAAUAAGAUCUUUCCAGCUUUUAUCUUUUUCCAGCUUUUCCUUCUAUAAUCAAUAAUUUAGUCUGAUAUAAUUAGAAAAAAAAAUAUAGCUAUCAUCAUAAUACACACAUAAGCAGCA